CAUCAACACCAGCGCCCAACAUGCCUGCGGACAUCCGGAGCUUCUUUGGGGGCAAAACCUCUCCUCCUAUCAGGGAGAAGGCGACCAACAAAGAGGAAGAUUCCAAGAAGAAACGGGGCAGUAAGUCCACCUGCCUAAAUCUACGUGCCAGAACAAACUAACAUUGUACUAGGAAACCGAAAGGUCGUUGAUGACAGCGAUGAAGAGCCAACGUAGGUAGAUAGUGCUAUCAAAGAAGCCAAAUUUUGAUACGUCAGCAGACCCAAAAAAGCUACGCCAAAGCCAUCGGUUGUCAAGAAACCAGUGUAUGUACACCCAACCUCAUGUCGCUAUACUCCCAUUGACCAUUUGCUAGCAAGAAAGAGUCGCCCAAAGACCAAGAGAUUACGACAGAAGACUACUUUGCAUCAACCAAAUCAAAGCCCAAGCCCAAACCUUCCAAGCCGACAUCCACUCCUACUAAGUCAUUAGCAACCCCCAAAAUUGAUAGUAGUAGCCGAUCAUCCGCUCGCAAAAACAAGCCAAAGACAUAUAGUGAAAACUUGGAUCAGGAUGAAUUGGCGUUUCUGGAUGACGAUGAGGACGCUGGAGAUGAUAUUUUAGCUGCCAAUGUCAGAAAGGGCGGCAGAGAGAAGGAUGCAUAUGUUGAGAUCGAUAGCGACGAUGAGCCAAUGGUAGCAAAACCUAAAAAGCCCGUAUCGAAAAAUAAGGCGGGAUCCAAGAAGGACGAAGAUGUUGAGAUGAAGGACAUUGUCAUGGUGGAUGAUAGCGAUGACAUGGUAAUUGAAAAACCAGCAGCGAGGGCAGUAAGCAAGAAGAGAAAAUCCGUCGACCUGGAAUCUGAGGAGGACGACGACGUUGUACCCAAUAUUAAACCGGUAAAAGGAAAAUCGUCAAAGCAACCUCCAGCCAAAAAGCGAGCUCCAGCGAAGAAGGCCGAAAAGACGGAAAGUGCGGCAGUUCAAGCUAUCCUCAACAACAUUCCUCUUGUACGACCUCCAACGCCUCCAAAAGAUGAAAAUGCGAAAUUCGAUUGGAGAAAAGCCGCCCCUGGUGGUGGUAAUGCUUCUGCCGCUCCUCCUGCACAAGGCUCAAAGGAAAUUCCCGAAGGCGCAGAAAAUUGCUUGGUUGGUUUGACAUUUGUAUUUACCGGUUUGUUGGAAACUCUUUCAAGAGACGACGGAACAGCACUAGUAAAGAGGUACGGCGGUAAAGUCACGGGUGCGCCUAGUGGAAGAACUGAUUUCGUGGUUCUCGGUGCCGACGCUGGUCCCUCUAAGAUCAAGAAGAUUCACGAUCUCAAAAUCAAAACAGUUGAUGAAGAUGGCCUGUUUGCACUGAUCGCAACUAUGCCAGCAAAUGGUGGAGACGGAAAGGCCGCUGAACAGAGCUUGGAGAAAAAGGCAGCAGAAAUGGCCAAGAUCAAGCGAGAGGCCGAAGCCAUGGAGAAAGAAGAAUUGAAGAAAGCUGCUGAGGCCGAGAAGGCAAGAAACAUUGCUGAGAAACUUGUAUCCUCGAAGGGCUCCACCUAUAGACCUCCAGCACCUCGGCCACCACCCUCAAGCUCCUUGCUAUGGACCAGCAAGUAUGCGCCGACGCAAAUUAAUCAGAUCUGUGGCAAUAAGGGCAACGUAGAGAAUAUUCAGUCUUGGCUGAAGGGCUGGUCUUAUGCUCAUAAGUACAAUCACGAGAAGAGAGGUCCGGACGGCCUCGGUGGCUACAGAGCAAUUAUGAUCUCAGGUCCGCCUGGCAUCGGAAAGACAACUGCUGCUCAUCUUGCUGCUAAAUUGGCUGGCUACGAUGUUUUGGAGAGCAAUGCUAGUGACACUCGCAGCAAGAAACUCGUUGAUUCGGGCUUGACUGAAGUAUUGAAUAACACAUCCAUGGUUGGCUUCUAUACUGGAGAUGGGAAAUCUGUCGACGCAAAGAAGAAGAACAUCCUGUUGAUCAUGGAUGAAGUUGAUGGUAUGUCGGCUGGAGAUCGUGGUGGUGUUGGAGCUUUGGCAAAAUUGUGCAAGACGACUGAUAUCCCGAUGGUUUUGAUCUGCAAUGAGCGCGGGCUCCCAAAGAUGAAACCAUUCGAUCACGUUGUAUUUGACAUUAAGUUCCAACGACCCACUGUCGAAAUGAUCAGAUCUCGCAUUGCUACCAUUUGCCAUAGAGAAGGACUCAAGCUUCCGAUGCCCGUUAUUGAUGCCCUCAUCGAAGGUAGUAACAAAGACAUUCGCCAGAUCAUCAACAUGAUAUCGACUGCCAAACUCGAUCAGACUGUGAUGGACUUUGACGAAGGAAAGGCUAUGUCGAAGGCUUGGGAGAAAUCAGUCGUACUGAAACCAUGGGAUAUUUGCGGCAAGAUUCUCAGUGGAGGAAUGUUUGCCCCUUCCAGCAAGGCUACUCUAAAUGACAAAAUCGAAUUGUAUUUCAACGAUCAUGAUAAGAGUUUUCUCAUGGUUCAGGAGAACUACCUCAGCACUAAGCCAAUUCUAGCUGCGAAUUGCCACCCAGGCCGCGAACAGAGAUUGAAGACAUUGGAACUUAUCGACAAAGCAGCUGAGAGUAUCAGCGAUGGAGAUUUGGUGGAUCGAAUGAUUCAUGGCUCCCAACAACAAUGGAGCUUGAUGCCAGUCCAUGGUGUUUUCAGUACAGUAAGACCUGCUAGCUUUAUAUCCGGCAUGCCCACGGGCAGAACAAAUUUUACGGCGUGGCUUGGAAAUAACAGCAAGCAAACAAAGCUAGUUCGUUAUGUCAAGGAAAUUCAAUCUCAUAUGCGCCUUCGAACAUCUGGAGAUCGCCAUGAAAUUCGGCAACAAUACCUACCUGUUCUCUGGACUCAAUUGAUUGACCGACUUCAAAAAGAAGGGAAGGAUUGUGUUGAAGAGGUGAUUAAUCUAAUGGAUAGUUACUUCUUGACAAGAGAGGAUUUCGAUUUCAUUAUGGAGCUUGGCCUUGGACCACAGGACGAGGGUAAUGUGAAAAUCGAGUCUCAGACCAAGGCCACCUUUACACGAUUGUAAGUUGGAAAACAGUACUCUAAAACUUACAGGAUGCUAACUAAAACAAAGGUACAACCAAAAGUCGCAUCCACUGCCUUUCAUGAAGGCUGGUAAUAUCACGGCACCUACAGCAAAAGUCAAGGCGGAAAAGCCGGAUAUUGAAGAAGCUCUAGAAGAUGAUGAUGAAGAAGUCCCAGCUGAUGAGCCAAAGGCCGAGGAGGAUUUGGAGACUAUGUUGAAGAAGGACAAAUAUAUCAAGCAACCAAAGGUUAAAAAGUCGACAACAAAGACGGCCUCUAAGAAGAAGGCGGUCAAGGGUGAUGAUACAGACAUGGAUUCUGAGGAAGAGGUAAAGCCAAAGAAGGCCAAGGCCAAGGUGAAACCAAAGGGCAAGGGAAAAAAGUGAAUCCUUGGUGUCGAUGAGAUAUUGUGAUGUACAUUAUAAUAGGCGCAUGAUACUGGCGGAGGUUGUCAUUGAGUAAAACUCAAUCACGAGAUGACCAUAGGAGCCAAGCAGCAAAUAAAGUAUUUAUUGAAAUAAAGUGACAAUU